GAUUUUGAUACAGGAUUCACUCCAUUCGGCUCACUGGGGCAUGGGGGUAUCACUUCAUUCUCUUCAGCAUCAUUUGGCGGUAGCGGAAUGGGCAAUUUCAAAUCAAUAUCAACUUCUACUAAGAUAGUUAAUGGCAAAAAAAAAAAAAAAUACUACAAAGAGAGUUGUGGAGAAUGGUCAAGAAAGAGUAGAAGUUGAAGAAGACGGACAGUUAAAGUCCUUGACGAAGAAUGCCAGCGGAGAGGCCAACACACAGCAGUUCUGGCCUCUGGCCCGGCCCCAGCAUCAGUUCGGGCGCCCUACCCGUCCCGGCCCAGGCCCCAGCUCCAGCCCAGACUCCAGCCCCUUCUGUCAGCACCCGCCCACGAAGCCACCCAAGCCUGCCCGGACCGUCAAACUUGUGUCCAAAAGCAACUGGGAAGAUGAAGAGCAGUUCAGGCAGCGGGUUUCUGGCAACUGGGAUGUCCCCAUGACCUCAGCAGGGCACAAGAAAGGUGGCAAGAGGAAGAAGCAGAAGCAGAAAGGGGACUUGAAGAAGUCGACCAAAGGGAACCACUAGGCUGGACUUGGCGGCAGCCACAGCAGCUGCUCUCGUGUGUGGUGCACAUGUACACGGCUCUGGGCCACUUCACUUAGCAGGAUUAUGGACGUGUGCCCACGGAUCGGAUCUAUAGGUAGGAUCAGGGGUGUUGGAGAUGGAGGUGACAAUGCCGGGUGGCCUGUAUAGUAUAAGCUGGUUACACAGCCUCAGCCUUGUAACUUUGCUUUUACCCAGCACCAAAAUCUGUAGCCUUUUCCUCUUGUUGUAAGGAUCUGCCUUGUUCUUUUUAGCAGUCCAAGCCCUGCUCCAAGCACUGAAGUAUUUGUGGCUGUAGGAGUCCAGUAGGGUUCAGUAGGGAGCUGGGUAUGUGUUCAUGACAGACUGUCUCCUGGCAGUGGUACAGUGUGCAGUUUUAGUACAGCGGAACUUACAGGUAAUGUAAGCUGCACCUUGAGCCAU